AGGAAGUCGCUGAAGAGACAUUGAAGUGGAGAUGACCCCCUCGGACAAAAAUCCAAAUGGACUAGACAACCCGACUUUUGUUAUUGAUGAUGGAGAACAUUACUGCAGCUUCCAUGAAGUUGGUGCCACAGUUCCAAAUAGUGAAGAAAGACAUAAAGGCCAUGGCAAAGAUGGCAACAGACUUGCUUACACUGUUACAGAUAUACCCCCAUGGUAUCUCUGCAUCUUCUUGGGAAUUCAGCAUUACUUGACUGCCCUUGGAGGUCUUGUUGCCAUCCCUCUCAUCCUCUCCAAAUCGCUCUGCCUGGAGCACGAUGCUGUCACACAGAGUCACCUAAUCAGCAACUUCUUCUUUGUCUCAGGAAUCUGCACACUCCUUCAAGUCAUUUUUGGAGUCAGGCUACCUAUCCUACAAGGAGCAUUUGCCUUCUUAACUCCUACCCUGGCCAUGCUCAAUCUCCCCCGGUGGGAGUGCCCUCUGACCCAGAAUGCUAGCUUGGUGGAUGCUGAUUCUCCAGAAUUUAUUGAGGUCUGGCAGACACGAAUGCGGGAGUUGCAGGGAGCAAUAAUGGUUGCCUCUUGUUUCCAAAUUUUCGUUGGCUUCUCUGGCCUCAUUGGAUUUUUGAUGGGUUUUGGCCCACUGACCAUUGCACCAACUCUAUCCUUGGUGGCCCUACCUCUCUUUGGCUCAGCAGGUGAAGAGGCAGGACUGCACUGGGGUGUAGCAGCCAUAACCGUUUUCUUCAUUGUUCUGUUCUCUCAGUACUUGAAAAAUGUUCCUGUUCCGGUGCUUUCUUACGAGAAAAACAAGAAAUUCCAUUUCUCUAAGAUCUACCUCUUCCAGAUCUUCCCAGUUCUCUUUGGCCUUAUACUUACCUGGAUUAUAUGUCUAAUCCUUACCGUCACCAAUGUCUUUCCUACGGACUCUAGUGCGUAUGGCUAUUUAGCUCGGACUGACAGCAAAGGUGACGUUCUGUCCAAGGCACCCUGGUUUCGGUUUCCUUAUCCAGGUCAAUGGGGAGUUCCCACUGUUAGCUUAGCCGGGGUAUUUGGUAUCAUAGCUGGCGUGAUCUCCUCUAUGCUGGAAUCUGUCGGAGACUAUUAUGCCUGUGCCCGUUUAUCUGGUGCUCCACCCCCUCCCAAGCAUGCCAUCAACCGUGGAAUUGGAAUGGAAGGGAUUGGCUGCCUUCUGGCUGGAGCCUGGGGAACUGGAAAUGGCACCACCUCUUACAGUGAAAACGUGGGUGCUUUGGGGAUCACCCGGGUAGGGAGCAGAAUAGUAAUUAUAGCUGGUGCCUGUGUUAUGCUUUUGACUGGCGUAUUUGGGAAGAUUGGAGCUGUUUUUGCCAGCAUCCCAACACCCAUAAUUGGAGGAAUGUUUUUUGUGAUGUUUGGUGUCAUCACUGCUGUAGGGGUUUCCAAUCUGCAGUAUACAGACAUGAACUCUUCAAGAAACAUGUUCAUCUUUGGAUUUUCAAUAUUCACGGGUUUGACAGUUCCCUACUGGGUACAGAAUAAUACUGAAAAACUAGAAACAGGAAUUGUACAGCUGGACCAAGUGAUCCAGGUGCUGCUAACUACAGGCAUGUUUGUUGGGGGAUUUCUGGGAUUUUUCCUUGAUAACACUAUUCCAGGGAGCAAGGAAGAACGAGGAAUUGUGGCAUGGAAAGAAGGUUAUAAGGAGGAAUCUGAUGAUACUGUGAAUACAUCAGGCAUUUAUGACUUGCCCUUUGGAAUUGGUUCCAAGUUUUGUACUGCUAACUGGUUUUACUACCUCCCAACGUGCCCCAGACAACCAGCAAGUCACAGGACAAAGGAAUGCAACAACUCACAGGAGACAAGUGGGAAAAUUAAUUCAGAAAGGGACACAGAGAUGAACAUUGACACAAAGAUAUAAGACUAUACCAGUAGAUAAACUUGGUCUGUUAAGUCAUCCAAGAUUCUGGCUGAAGCAAGAGAUAGGACUGACUGUUUCUUCAGGCUAUGGAAUGAUUUCCCACCAGCAGCAAAAUGGAUCCUGUGUUUCAGUGUCUUUACAGAAAGAAUAGAGUGUGACUUUGAGGAAAAGUCUUGCUAGGGAGUGAGGAGGCUCUGCUCUGGGAGGCCUUUGCCCAGAAUAUUUGAUUGUUGUUCCUGAAUUCCUGAGGAUAAGCUAGUCCAAAGGAGCAAGAUUGGCUCAAAUUUAAUAAAAUGCAACCUCAGUGCUUGUCUUUGCUAGACUGGGCUUGUGCAGUUGUCUAAAACACUUAAUUUAUGUGUCUCAGUAUUGUCUUGCUCUCCCAUCUUUAAAUCUUCAGGUUUGUUGAGUCUUCGAAGGAAACACAGCCUUUUAAUUUGUGUUAUUUAUUUUCUACAACAGGCUUCUGAAUUGGACUGGGACUUCUGAAUAGAUCUAUAAUACAAAAUUGUUAGCUCCAAGUCAUUUUCAGGCUUUCAUGAAUGUUGAUGUAUGAAUAGCCACACAGAACAAAUGCUAGGCAUAUAAGCUUGAUUUAAAUGAUUCAAUUGUUUAUUGUACCUUAUACUUUAAUUCCACUGAAAUGAAAGAAAUCAACAAUGUGAUCUUUCUGACAUACACAGGGUUUUUUAAAAAUAAUAAUUUCCUGUUCAUAUUAUAAAGGAGACCUUUUGAGUUUACUGAUGUGUUAACCAGAAGUGCCUUUUUAAAGCUAUGUUUGCAAAAAUAAAAAUAAAAAUUCUAGUU